AUGGGUAGCAAACUUUCACCGCUCCUAGCAAACGUCUUCAUGAGUGACUUCGAGGUUGAGAUUGCAAAAGAUAAACUUUUCCCUCGAACAUGGAUACGAUAUGUUGAUGAUAUUUUCGCAUCGGUGAAGGAACGUUACCUAGACCGAACGCUUGCCAUGCUAAACUCUCGACACGAUUCUAUUACAUUCACUUGUGAAAAAGAACAAGAUGGAAAAUUGCCUUUUCUGGAUUUAGAGAUCACCAGAAAAGAAGACAACACUUUAAAAUUUGGAAUCCACCGUAAACCAACUUCCACUAACCGCUUCAUAACAAGCGAUUCCAACCAUUUUGGUGGACAAAAACAAGCCGCCUUCCACUCCAUGGCACACCGCCUUUACAAUGUCCCCAUGGAAAAAGAAGAGUUUUCCAAGGAGAAAGAACAGAUUUACAAAGCGGCUACAGUAAAUGGUUAUGGAAAGGAAUUUGUCGAGAAGAUUUUCCGAAAACACAAACGCAAGAAAUACACACGAGACAUCACAACACUACAACCGGAGAUAGACGACAUAAAAAGAAUAACUCUACCUUUUUACCCCAAAAUCACGAACCCCAUCAAAAACACGCUCAAACGGCAAGGACUACACAUAGUGUACAAAAGUGGGAAUACACUCCGUGAUUUAUUGUGUAACCUCAAGGACAAGAUUCCUCCCGAUGAGAAAUCCGGGAUCUACGAAAUACCGUGCCUAGAUUGCCCCGCUGUAUACAUCGGGCAAACUCGCAGGAAAAUAAAGGUACGCAUAAGGGAGUAUAAAACAGCGGUGGAGAACAACAAAUCGAACGAAUCAGCAGUAGCGGCACACACCACCAGCCUCGACCAUAAAAUCGAUUGGACGAAAGCAAAGCUGAUUAAAUAUGUCAAAAAUUCGUCACAACUUAACGCAUGGGAAUCAAUGUUCAUCAGUAACUCCCAGAAGCCGCUGAUGAAUGAAGACGAUCCACCCAUCACAUCGUGCUUGUACAACUUGACGGAGCUGAGAAUUCAGUGA